GCAGUGAGCCGGGCGUCGAGCGGCGCUCGGCCCCUCCGCGGCGGAGCGUUCCCGCCGCCCGCGGCGCAUAAGGCCAAGGCUUUCCGACUUCAGCUACAGUGCUAGCUAAGUCGGGGAAGGCAACACGGAGCGAAGCCGCGUGUCCCCCCCCUUCUCUCGGCAGCGGCGGAGCGGGCCGGCAUGGCGCGGGCAGCGGAGCCGGAGGGCCGGCGGCGCGGCGGAUCUGUGAUUGCCUAUUUUACGUCUGCAAAGUUUCUUCUUUAUCUUGGACAUGCACUGUCCACUUGGGGAGAUCGGAUGUGGCAUUUUGCUGUGUCUGUGUUCCUGGUUGAGCUUUAUGGCAACAGCUUGCUCCUCACUGCGGUCUAUGGCCUGGUUGUGGCGGGAUCGGUUCUUCUCCUGGGAGCCCUUAUUGGAGACUGGGUGGACAAGAACUCCAGGCUCAAAGUGGCCCAGACAUCCUUGAUUGUGCAGAAUUCAUCUGUCAUCCUGUGUGGUGUUAUCCUGAUGAUUAUCUUCUUGUUUAAGACACAGCUCUUGACAUUAUACCAUGGAUGGCUUCUUACAUUGUGCUAUAUCCUGGUUAUCACAAUAGCAAAUAUUGCUAAUUUGGCCAGCACUGCCACAGCGAUCACAAUUCAGAGGGACUGGAUUGUUGUGGUUGCAGGGGAAGACAGAAGCAAACUGGCAGAUAUGAAUGCCACAAUAAGAAGAAUUGAUCAGCUGACCAAUAUCUUGGCCCCAAUGGCUGUUGGUCAGAUAAUGACAUUUGGCUCCCCUAUGAUUGGCUGUGGAUUCAUUUCUGGCUGGAACCUGAUGUCCAUGUGUGUGGAAUAUCUGCUGCUCUGGAAGGUUUACCAGAAAACCCCUACUCUGGCUCACAAAUCUGCAAAAGUUGAAGCAUCGGAACUGAAACAGCUGAAUGUAAAGAAAGAGAGUGACAUGAAACCUGCUGAAGGAGUGCAGCUCAUUAUUGAGAAAGAUGUAGCUGGCUUUGAGCCCCAGCCGGAGAAGGAAGUCGGCUGCGCUGCCCGGAUUGCCGAACCUUUCAUAACCUUCCGGGACGGAUGGGUUGCGUACUACAACCAGCCGGUGUUCCUUGCAGGCAUGGGCCUUGCAUUCCUCUAUAUGACUGUGCUGGGAUUCGAUUGUAUCACUACAGGCUAUGCAUACACUCAGGGGCUGAGUGGCUCUGUGCUAAGCCUCCUCAUGGGUGCCUCAGCAGUCACUGGAAUCAUGGGAACAGUGGCUUUCACCUGGCUCCGGCGCAAAUGUGGCCUCAUUCGCACGGGCCUUAUUUCUGGAGUCGCUCAGUUUGCGUGUCUGAUCUUAUGUGUCGUCUCUGUAUUCAUGCCUGGAAGCCCCAUGGAUCUGACUGUUUCUCCAUUUGCUGACAUCAGUGCCAGGCUGUUUGAAAAUGAGCCAUUGCCUACUAUAGCAUCUCCAGAAUCUGAAAUGAUUUUUGCAACUGGAAUGCCCAAGUUGUUAAACGGGUCUAUUGCUCCUGCUGACAGUGACCCAGAGAUGAGUCCUGAGCCUGUGCCUUUAAUCUCUGUUAGUCUCCUGUUUGCAGGAGUCAUUGCUGCUAGAGUUGGCCUUUGGUCCUUUGAUUUGACUGUCACACAGUUACUCCAAGAAAACGUCAUAGAAUCUGAAAGAGGCAUCAUAAACGGUGUCCAAAACUCCAUGAAUUAUCUUCUUGACUUGCUGCACUUCAUCAUGGUCAUCUUGGCCCCAAACCCUGAAGCUUUUGGCUUAUUGGUGCUUAUUUCUGUGUCUUUUGUUGCAAUGGGCCACAUAAUGUACUUCAGAUUUGCCCAAAAAAGCUUGGGAAAACAACUUUUUGUUUGUCACACUCCUGAUCCCAAAACAGCCCCUGACAGUUCACCACCUGGUAACACAUCUACUGUCUGAAAGGAUCCACUUCUCUUUACUAACUUUGCUUCACAAAUACCAUGGUUAAGCACAUAUACUUCCUUUUAUGACCCUGUUUGAGGUGUUUCUCUAGAGUUGAAUGUAUAACUUAGCUCUUUGGGGAAGCUUUCCCAAGAGAGAAAAUUCAUUUUACAGUGACCCUGUAAAUGUUUUAUGUUUGGCAGAGGACAGCCUGGCUGGAUCCUGACAACUGCAGUAUCAAAGGUUCCCCACAAGUCUGGUGUUUGAUCACAAAAAUACUGUUCAAGUUCCAUGGCUGACCCCUACAGUGAUACUGUGGUUAAGUGGUUAUACAGACUCAAUUUACCAUGAAUUCUGAAUAAUUCUUGUGUUCAUUGAGUAAAAUGGGGUCUUGUCCUUCCUUUUAGUUACUUCAGAAUAACUUUUUAUACAGUAUUUGAUUGUUUGGAGUUUUUCUCCAAUAUUCCUUUACCAUGAACAGUUCUGCUCACCUUUAUUCUUAAACUGGUGUAAACAUUCUCUCUAAACAUUGGACUUUGAUGGUCCUUGUGGGUCCCUUCUAACUCACAAUAUUCUAUGAUCCUUCUUGAUUCUUCUAAUAAACAAUUUCAUCUUUUUUUUUCCCAAAACCUUUAUAGUAUUUUAUGUUUUGGUUUAACUUUAUGGAAACACCUUUGCAGGUUUUUUGCAUGUUUCCUUACAAAUUAGAAUACUGUUAGGUACAAGAUAUUGUAUUACACUUUCGUUGCACUUGUUAGAGUAAAGCAGCCUCAUUUAGCAGAAGCUAUUGAUGUAAUAUUACAAAGCAUGGCUUUUAAAUUGCAAAUGGCAGGUUUGCUUGGGUUUGAUGUAGCAGAAAGUGCUAAGGUCAGGAGUACUGGUACAGAAAGAUAAAUUCUAGUGCUAACUUAGUUUUUGCCUCAGAGUACAAGCAGCUUUAGUUAAUUUUCCAGUAUAUCAGGCUUUAUUAGGGUUUCUGAAAACAAUUGCAUUUGAAAAUAGUUAAUAUUUCUUGCAAUAGGUGGAUUACUUGCAUUUAUCUGAUGUGUAUGUGGAUUUUGACUUUUUCUAAAAUACUGCUAAACCAAUGAGUUGAUGGACUCAU